AUGGCAAGCAAAGCAGUCAUCUUGCCAAGGUCUCUAUCUGACCCGAUUCAAUGGGACAAACUCAUCGACAAGUACAGAUCCUUCAGAUUAUCAGCACUAGACUUAUCUCCACAGUCCUUCAGCUCAACUUACGCCGAGGAAGUUGAAUUGCCAAAGGAGAAAUGGGAGGCGCGUUUUAGCAACCCGCUUGUGGUCAAUAUCGUCAUCGUCUCCAACCCCGAUACUGGGUCAGUGAGUGACCUUUCGCUGAUCCUCAACUCACCAUGGCUUGCUUCACUCGUCUCAUGCGGCCCGUUCGACGCUAUGACGGCCGCGAAAACAUGGGAACAACAGCAGAAUUUUGAGCCAGGAUGCCUCGACUUUGGCCCACUUGGAACUGACAUCAAAUGGGCGUAUGUCCUCAACGCAAUCUACGUGCCUCCCCUUCAGAGACGCAAGGGUCUAGCGAACAGACUUGUUGAAUAUGCCAAGCAAUUUGUGGCUGGAACACAUGACGAGAACAAGGUCAUGCUGGUCCUAAUCGUUAACUUUGAGUCUGUCGCAGCAAUGAAGUGCUAUGAGAAAUCUGGGUUUGGACUGGUGCACGAUUAUUGGUUCAUUGAGUCCGACUCUACAAAGGGCCAUGCGGCUGUGAUGAGACUGGAUGUGAAGGGAGAUGAUACUACCAACAAAUCAAGUAUCCCAUGA